UAUUCAUAUUUUAACUGUUCUUUUAGGUGCUUGAGGAUGGCGUUCUUGAUCCGGAGACUACAGUAGUUUCUAUAUUCCCAUCUCCCAUGCACUAUGCAGGGCCGACUGAGGUUCAGUGGCAUGCUAAGGCUCGGAUUAAUGCAGGUGCAAACUUCUACAUAGUAGGCCGGGACCCUGCUGGCAUGAGCCACCCAUUUGAGAAAAGAGAUCUUUAUGAUGCAGAUCAUGGUAAGAAGGUGCUGAGUAUGGCUCCCGGAUUAGAGCGGCUUAACAUUCUUCCAUUCAAGGUGGCUGCUUAUGACAAGACUCAAGGUAAAAUGGCAUUCUUUGAUCCAUCAAGGCCUCAAGACUUUCUGUUCAUAUCUGGCACAAAGAUGCGAACCCUUGCAAAGAAAGGGGAGAAUCCUCCUGAUGGAUUCAUGUGCCCAGGUGGCUGGAAAGUUUUGGUUGAUUAUUAUGACAGUUUGGCUCCCUCUGGGGAUGGCAGAGUACCUGAACCUGUCCCAGCUUAAAUUUACUACAUUAUAAUUGUGCUUGGGAGAAACAUCAAACCUAUUUAUCUCCUAUGUAUCCUUGCAUAAAACUUGGUCAAAACUCUCUCCAGCUCCCUCUGGGGAUGGCAGAGUACCUGUACCUGUCCCAGCUUAAAUUUACUAGAUUAUAAUUGUGCUUGGGAGAAACAUCAAACCUAUUUAUUUCCUAUGUAUCCUUGCAUAAAACUUGGUCAAAACUCUCUCCAGCUGAAUAAGAUCAUACGAGGCAUAGGUACAGAAUUGCAAGAAUUGGCCUCAACCUGUAAUAUGGUGCUAAAACUGGCUUGUGAAUUCGUGCACCCGUCUUGUGCACGCUGUAUUGUAUUGUGUUUAAUCUCUGUGAAGAAAAUGGAUUGUUAUGAUUUUGUCUGUCA